AUGGAGAAGGAAAUCAUGACCACUGAUCUCGUCACGAGCGAAAAAGUGCUGUCCAAGUCAGACUCUACUAUUGUUCCUCGUGACAAGAAUGUAGAAAGGAAACUUCUUUUGAAGAUUGAUCUUCUCAUUUUGCCUAUUCUUUUUCUCUUUUACAUGCUCUCCUAUCUGGACCGUAUCAACAUUGGCAAUGCCCGGAUUCAGGGAAUGAGUGAAGAGCUGGAUCUUCACGUGGAAAACCGAUAUGAUGUUGCUCUCUUUGAAUCACCACUAUGUGCACAGGCUUUAUCCAAACUUAUCAGGCUGUAUACUCUUCGAGUUCUGCUAGGAUUUUUCGAGGCUGGACUCGUUCCAGGAGUCGUAUACGUGACAUCCAUGUAUUAUUGUCGAUAUGAAUAUCAGGAACGACUAAGUCUCAUGUUUUUUGAUACCUCCGUCGGAGGUGCCAUUGGUGGUAGAGAGAAAGAGCUUCUUCAUUUGCGUCUAGCUGGCAAUGGAGGAGAGUUCCGGAUGGACACCUUUGACCGGCCUGCAGUCAAGCAGAUCUUCCUUGACUGGAAAAUCUGGCUUGGAUCUCUGAUCUACAUGAGCUCAACCUCAAGUGGUCUUGCCAUGUCUUUUUUCCUGCUAACCGUUCUGAAGGAGUAUGACUGGCGCUCGGCUGAGGCUUGA